CGCCCUGGGCUCCGGAUCCCGCGGCACCCGGGAGACUUAUUUUCUGUGGGCAGUGUUACCAAAGACAACCUGUAUCCAAAAGGAUGGAAUUGGGAAAAGGAAGACUUCUCAGGACGGGGCUGAAUGCGUUGUAUCAGGCAGUACACCCUGUUCAUGGCCUUGUCUGGACUGAUGGGCGUCAGGUAGUCCUGACUGAUUUACAGCUUCACGGUGGAGAGGCCAGGUUUGGGGACUCCAAGGUCAUUGGACAGUUUGAACAUGUGUACGGAGUGUCCUGGGCCCCCCCUGCUGUGGCCGCCGUGCCCGCCGUGCUCGCCAUCCAGCACAAGAAGCAUGUCGCUGUGUGGCGGCUCUGUCCCAGCACUACGGAGACAAGCAGAUGGCUGAUGUCACAGACCUGUGAGAUUAGAGAAUCACUUCCUGUCCUUCCCCAGGGCUGUGUGUGGCAUCCAAAGAGUCCUGUCCUGGCUGUGUUGACGGCACAGGAUGUGUCUGUCCUCCCCAGCGUCCACGGUGACGAUCCCCGGGUGAAAGCAGACAUCGACACGGGGGGCCUCAUUCACUGUGCCUGUUGGACCCAGGAUGGCCGGAGGCUGGUGGUGGCAGUUGGCAGCAGCCUGCAUUCCUAUAUUUGGGACAGUGCUCAGAAGACUCUUUGCAGGUGCUCCUUCUACCCGGUGUUUGCUGUGGACAGCUACGUGCGCUCCAUGGGAGCCACCGCGGACUCACAGGUCGCUGUGGUGACUGAGCUUCCACUAGCUAAGAUUUGUGGCUUAAAUGCAUCCGAAGCCUUUGAUGUUCCUGCUGGUGGGGAAGACACUCGUCUGUGUGCUUCACCGGCUACUGAUGAAGCACCCACCGGGGAUCAGGGGGCAGUUGCUUCCGAAACACACUUUGAAACCUCAGUUUCUCCUGUUUCUUCUUCCUUUUCAGAUUCUCUGGAUCUAACUCAUAUACAUUCCAAUACCGCCAAAUCUGGGGGUAGUUCUCUUAUUCAUCUAAGAAAAAAGGACUACUUGACAGGAACCGGCCUGGAUUCUUCACAUUUGGUCCUUGUGACCUUUGAGAAAGAGGUCACCCAGACCAGAAAAGUCACCAUUCCCGGGAUUCUGGCUCCUGAUCUAAUAGCAUUUAAUCCUAAAGCACAGGUGCUGGCGGUGGCUUCCAAUACGUACCAUGGCAUUUUUAUCUAUUCUGUCAUUCCAUCGUGUGUGCCAAAUAUCCGGCAGAUUCAGUUAGAGAGAAGUGAAAAGCCGAAAGGCAUAUGCUUCUUGACAGAUAAGUUAUUACUGAUUUUGGUAGGAGAACAAAAAUCCACUGAUUCAGCAUUUCUUCCUUCUUCGAAGACUGAUGAGUAUAUCAUUCGUUUGAUUGUUAGAGAAGUGACAUUGGAAGAAGAAUCUCCAGUAACAGCACGUGAAAACCAGAGUGGAGGCUCUACUCUCAGUACUCUAUUAAAUAAAACAGAGAGAAAAAAGCUAAUUGAAAGUCUUUCCCCAGAUUUUUGUCACCCAAACAGAGGGCUCUUAACAGCUAAUGGCAGUGGGCAAAGUGCGAGGCCUGGAAAAACCCUUAUUAAAGAAAUCAAAAGUCCUCCCACCAGGGUCUGUGACGGCCCCAUCGCCCUUGACGCUCUAGAUGCUGAGCCCGUUAACCGCUUGGUAAUGCUGGCCAGAUCCAGCGGCACACCCCACCACACCCCAACUCCCGAACCUCCUGAUUGGCCUCCAAGCAAGAACUUACAAAGGGAAAAGGAAAUUUCCCGGCUGUCUAAGGAAAUGGAAAUUUUAUCUAGGACCCUGACUGAAGUGCAGCGACGUCUCUCUGAACUCACAGACGUUCUACAAAAGGAGAAGUCCUCUCCUGGGUAUCCACUCUCUCAGGACCCGCCCUAUGUGCACGUCGCUUAUCAGAAAUCUUAUUAUGUAGGUCCUGUUGUUGAAAAAAGAGCUGUACUCCUCUGCAAUGGCAAACUAAGGCUCAGUACAGUCCAGCAGACUUUCGGCCUCUCUCUUGUCGAAAUGCUCCAUGACUCGCACUGGAUCCUUCUCUGUGCUGAUAGCGAAGGCUUCAUCCCGUUAACAUUCACGGCCACCCAGGAAAUAACCAUCAGAGAUGGCAGCGCAAAUGUCUUCACGGACUCUGUCUCAGAGUCUUAAUCCUGCUCCUUCUCUUGAAGUCUUGAGAGACCUGACUGUCGAGAGCGUAGACGCCACCGGCUGAUCUACCCAUUUAGGCAGUAUGGCCUGAUACCCUUUCAGAUGAGGCCAUUCAGACAAUAUCUCUUUUCCACCGUGGACUCUCCUCAGCUGGGAUUUGCACAGUCGCUCAGAGGUGAAGCACCUGCUGUGGUUGGCUCGGCUGCUUUUCCUCCUUGUCCCCCCACCCCACCCCACCCCACCCCACCCCCACCGCCCUGGGCUGCAGCUCCCUGCUCUCUGGCAGAACUCAGUCUUUGUUAGAUGGUUCAAAAAGUGGUUGUUUACGUAUUCAUGGCUGUGUGGUUUUGCCUAAGGGCAGAAUUCCCAGAACAAAACAGUAUUCUGGUGCCAUAUGGAUUGUGUUUUAUGGUUUCUCUGAGGCUUUCUGUCCCUUACCCAAAACUGUUAAAGCUGUGUUAGAGAAGCACUUAAAAGGUACUUCAGCAUUGUUAUAGAUCAUUUCCUUGGCUUAGAGAUGAGAGUAGGAGGUACUGGAGAACAUACGCUCCGACAUAUCCUUCUUACCCCAAACCAGCAGGAAUCAGCAGAGCUCAAAAGAAGACAAAAAAUCGAUUGACUUCUGUCCCCAGGGCAGAACAGGAAGUAGUUCUGAUGUUGGCUGGACCUGCCAGGAUUUAAACCUAACUCUCUUGCUUCCUUAAAAAAUUCUGGCCAACUAAGGUCCGAAAAACUAGCCCUGGGCAAAUUGCAAAUGAAAUUUCAAGUGCUUUGACCCCUCUGGACCCCACUGGAGCAUGUGCUUAUGCUAAUAGUGCGAUGCCAAGCCCAGGUGACAUCUAAGGCAUGAUUUCGUGCUGUGGCUACUCCUGAUUUUCUCCCUGAAAUGCCUUUUUUUUUUUUUUCUUUUUCCAGUUUUGGGAUCAUAAAAAUAUCCUAUUUUUCUCCCAGUAGUCAGCUCCCUUAGUUAAAUUGUCACUUUCAUUUUGAUGUUUCUCUUUUCCCUCCAUUCAAGUCUUAGAGACCAGCAAAGAGUCUCUGAGAGAAAGUAGUUCAGAAAAUUGGAAAUUUCACUGAAUCUGAGGUAGGUAAAAAGUACCAGCUUAUUAUAAUUUUGGGCUGAAAUGCAACCUCAGAUGGACACACCACUUCUCAAACAGGAUCAUAAAUUUCAGUGACGGCAGCCUGACAAAUUGAUGAGUGUGUGGCUGGUCAGGGCACAUCUGCAGAUAAAUUGUUUCAGCCAGAGAGGUUCCAUUAGCACAUAUGCAUCUUUCCCCCCCUUCCCUUGAAAAUUAUCUGGAAAGAAAGGUUUCGUGCCCUUGGGGACUCCUGUCUAUCUGUUACCGUUUAUGAAGAUGGAACUGGGAUAGGAAAGAGGCAAGGGCCCAUUUUGUGGUUCAAAUGCAUUAGGCGGCUGCUGGAAUAAUGGAAGUGGAGGCCGCUGGUCUGUCAUCAGGUGCCUGAGAGCUGUGGCGGAGGACAGCCUGAGGCCUGGCUCCAUUUGCAGAGGAAGUGUCUGGGUGGGAUGAAAGCACACUAUUAGGAUGCCUGGGGGGCCUGGGGACCCCGUAGUAAGAUCAGGGCGGGUGCGUCAAGGUACAAGUUAUAUCCACCAUUUCCCUGGUCAGAUUCCUGUGAAUGAGUCCAUAAAGUCCCUAAAGCUUGUUGUGGCCGUUGUGAAUGUUUUGAUGGUAUUUUCUCUGUGAUUACUGCUGGCAUAAAGAGAAGUUCUUGAUUUCA